AGUAAGUAGUUGGUCAACGCAAAGAGCCAUGAAGCCAGAUCCGGUUGCAAUCUGGAAACCGCAGCAACUCCUUCCAACCAGCCAUCCUUGCAGCUCAGAAGGCGCACUUCUCUGAGUUGCUCGUUGACAUAGUCAUUGAACGGAGUUUCUCAGCUGAGAGUCAAAAGCUUUUGCCAUUGGAACCACCUUUCAGCCUUUCCUGCACUCCUUCUCGCCACCUCCUUCUCUCCGCUUUCAAACGACCCAACUUGCGGGCUCUUGCGCAUUGCUUGUGCUCAGAUCAUCUCGCAAGAUGACGGUCUCAACAAGGCACACGAAGGUGAAGAGUGAUAAGUUCCAGAAGAAUAUUCUGAAGAGAGGGGAAGUACCAAAGACUUCGAAAAAGGAGGCCAAGUAUCCGGUUGGCCCCAUUGUCCUGGGCUUCUUCCUUUUCGUAGUGGUGGGCUCAGCAAUUCUGCAAAUAAUCAGGCAAGCGCAAUCGGGUGCGCCUGUUGGUUAAGCAGAGCGGCCUGAAAUAAGAGCAUGUUGAGGUCGUCUGGUGUGUCCAUUUGAGGAAGCACUACACGGGUCACUUAGAAAAGAUGAAAGCGUCCAGACAAAGGUCAAGAGCGCCAAGCGGAAGAGGGAAAGAACUUAGAAGCAAUAGUGAGCAUAGAACAAGCGGAAGCGUCGCAAGUUUGUCUAUUCCAUAUCAGUACGAAUCACUUCGUUCCGGGAUGGCUUGAAUGUAAGAGGCGUGUGUAUUCUAGCUGUCGUCCUGCAUGCAUUGGAAGCUCUAGUUGGCCGCUAUAUGUAUUUCGCGCGUUUCGAGGUUAACACAUGGGCCGUUACGCUUCUUGCCGCGGCCACAGUUUCACCACAAAGUUGUCAAGACAUGGAUGGGACAUGUACACCUAGUCAUGCA